AUCCCCACCACGAUUACAAUAAUGUAUUACAUUUAUUUAUUUUUCUAAUUCAAUAUGCGUACAUGUACCGUCACAGCUUUAGGCACACCUGCACAAUCGAAUGAGAUCAAAUCUAAUAUUCACUUGGAAAGUAAAUAUUCGGAUGGAAAGUGUUAAUAACAAUCACAUUUAUUUACAGCCGGUCACUCUGCAAAGCCGCUGAUGUUGCGUCUGUGUGGUCAUGUGACCUGUUGCUAGGAAACACUCAUCAAACACAUUCUGUAGGCUGUCUUUGAAUUAUUAAACACACUUUCUGCACAGUGCACAGAACAGAAUCCACACACUGUACAGUACAUUCUACCUUUUGUUGGAGCAGCUACAGAAGCUCUCAACAGGCUUUAUGUCUUCAUUGCUGGACCACGGCCUGAUAAGGACAGUGGCAGUGGACCAGGUGGUCGCUCCAUUCGCGUGUCACCUGUGUCACCUGGUGCUGCUGUGUGACAGCUUGGAAGAGCCUGAACACUUCAGUCAGCUGGAGGAGGCGGCUCGGUUCUUAGCUAAAACUACUGACAACAUGGCGGCAGUGGCCUCCAGACAAGUUGCAGAGACUGAAGACGAUGUGCUACGUAAGGAAAUGUCCUCCCUGCUGGAGCCAGUCACAGUGUCAGGCCAGCAUGUGCUGCUGGCGGCCCAGAAGCUCAGCAUCCAGCCCGACUUGACUGAGCACAAAGAGGAACUCAUCACUGCUGCACAAACAGUUUUCCUGGGAGUCGUCAAAGUUCUGUUAGUGGACGACGACUCCACAGUAAGAGAAGUCCUAGCGGCUGCAGAUCAGGUGUCGGAGCAUCUCUCUGACCUCGGCUCCUGCUCGGACAUCCAUUCCCUGCUCAGAGCCUUUCAAGUGUUUUCUGACUCCUUGCUUCACCUCAGCAGUCUAACUGCUGACAGAGCUGACUCCUUAAAGGAUCCCCGACAGGCCAAAGAGCUUAGAGAUUCCCUGGAGAUCCUAAGAAGGUGCAUCUCUAUGCUGCACACCGCUACCUGCACCACCAUCAAGCACCCAACAAGCAAGGAGGCCCAAGCAGCGAAGAACUUCAUACUCGACAAGGUGCAGAGCACUGUAGACAACAUUGUCAGCACCCUGAAAGGUGAAUGUCAAAGAGGAUCUCUGGGAACUUGUGGUUUUUACACUGAGAGGAGAAGCAGUUUGUCGCAGCUGCUUGAGGGUUGCUCCAAUAUGUCGAGUCAUGACUUGGACAGCCUGGUUCGAGAUCUUGUCUUUCACUGCAUGGCUGUGGCCAACUCUUCUUCAAGAGAGCUUCAGCAAAAACUGGUGCUGCAGUGUCGACGUGUUCUUGACUUGUGGUCCGACAUGAAACAUCUUUUGAAGUCCUCUGAGGAUCAUGAGGAGCAUUUUCGAAACCUCUUCGCUUCAUUAGAGGAACUCCUGGAAGGUCUCGACAAAGCCAUGAUGGCUGCCAUUCUUCAUCAACUCUUGGACACAUUUCUAGUAGCAUCUUCUGUUUUUGAGGAACUUUCCAUUGUGGUGAGGCAAGCUCUAGUAGUGGGUUCCUCCACUGAGAAAGAUCUAAGCUUUCUUCAAUCACCAGUUGAAGAGUUCAUAUGUUACUCGGAUAGAAUGAUAGAAGUUGCGUGCUUUUUCUCUGCAGUAACCAAGGAUGCAAAGAGCCUGGAGAACGUGGAGAACUCUAGAGUGUGUCUCAUGAGACUUAGAGCCCAGAUUGCUCCUCUGUCUCUGGAAUUGACUGAUAACUCGGUGCAAACUCUUCAAAAGCUUCAUGAAAUUUCUCAGAACUGGGAAGAAUGUACGAGACAGCUCCAGGAUGCUGUCAGCGACGUAAUGGACGUCGGAGAGUUUACGAAUUUAGCUCUUAACGAAAUGGCAAAUGAGCGCAGUAGUUGUGAUGAUGCAUACAGACAGCAAAGCGAUGAGCUGUUCCGUGAGCAUGCAAACAAGCUGAUGUGUCACAUGAAGCUGGUGAUGCAGUCUGCCAGGAGGCAUUUAGACCAAAGUGAAGACCCCAUCUACAGGAACGGCCUCCUAGUCCUGCUCAAACAGGCUCACAUUUGUCAAAGCAAAGUGAGCCAGUCGGUCAGUGACAUGCUUGCAGGUCACAGCUUCAAUGUGGAGGCGUAUUCACCCUUUUCUGACAAUGUUUCUGCUGCUAUCCACCAUUUUAAAGUCCUCAGGGAGGGACUGGAUGGCCGCCAGCACCCACAUCUCCUUAGUCCCCUACGGGAGAGUGCCCGUCAGCCUGACGUCUCCGAAUACGACUCCUGCGAGUUAAACGAAGAUCACAGGCUGAGAAGUUUGGAUUCGUCUCUCCUGGAGAUGACUGACACAGAACAUGAGGAGGGGGUGUCGGAUGGAGAAAUUGUGGAAGCGGAGUUGUCUCGUAAAUUUGACGAUGAUUUAAGGAUAAACGAUAACUCAGAGGAGCCUAAAGUGAUCCAGAUGCCUUUUGGAUUUGACCUUUUACCUCUCCUACAAGAAGUCAUGACCGUGACUAAAGGCAAAGAUAUUGCAGUCCUCAGCCAGGUGUGUACGGGUGUUCUCGAGCUGUCCAACUGCUACUCCCAAGCAACAAGGGAAGCGUUAGCCAUCAUGGAUGACAUCGACUGUAAGACUCUGGAAAGCUUCCGGGCUGAACUGGUGUCACUUACGCCUCUGUUGGUCCAGACCGCUCAAGAGUCAGCCAUGAGCUCCUCAUUGAGCACUGACAGCGUCUUUAGACUCAGCGCACAAUUUUCUGACCUCAUCAACAACAUCCGGAAGGUUCUUCUGCCAGGAACCGGACCCUGGUUUCACGUCAUUUAUGCCGAGCUGCGUCUGGCUCGACUGACGACGGCAGAUGUGAAACAACGACUCAAUGAAGUGAUGACCUCGUGUGCAGACACCGUGCAGCUGCUGACGCUGUCACACGUAACUCCUCAAACUGAUGAGACGUUGACGCUUCUGCACAACAAACUGAACAAAGCCCAGAACAAUACGAGGUAUCUGGUGGAGUUUAAGGGCUCACCUGAAGGGCAGGUUGACCUACUGGAGGGGCUCUGCAUCCUUUGGGGUCUAUCUGUUCACAUUUUGUUCAAUUCUCUGGAUAGGAUUUUGGGAACAUUAAGCAACAUGAACCAACACGGCCCUCACAAGCAGCUCUCCAUCCUGUCAGAGAGCUCACUGAGAAUCCAGGAGGCUUUGAGCCUCACCAGUCUAACGUGUAAAAGUGUUUUUAAGUCCAAAGAGUUAACAGUAUUCCAGGAUGAGCUGAAAACACUGACUGAGCGGUACCUUCAAGCUGCGGAGGACCUCGGUGUGACGCCAAGUGUCAUGCAAUUCGCUCAGCCAGAGCUCCUCCAGAGAAAUGUUAUCAUUAAGAUGAAAGAGCUCUCAGGGAUUCUAAGCAAAGAAAAUAAGAAUUAUGACGCUGUACUCCACAACAUGGUCAAAAUGGCUUAUGUGGCAGCAGAGCACGCAGAAGAAGCAGAGCAAAGAUUUGAACAAUCAGCUAGUUUGCUUUAUGAAAACGUAAAAGCUGCCACCAAAAAAGUGGAGGAGAGCUUCAACUACAUGCGGGACAUCCGUACACGUUCCAACCUGCGGUCCAUCAAUGACCGCCUGUGUUUUCUGAUGUCUGAUAUCAUCAGCAGGAUGCGCCUCAUGGUCCAGACUGGCUCUGUUUGUGACACAUUCAACCUGGAGGUUAAGAUUCAGUGCUGGUCAGCCAAAGCUCACUAUGUGGUAGAAGAGAUCAGCAAGCAGGAUGGGAUUCACCAAGAGGCAAAGGAGAACAUCAGAGCAGGGCUACAAGGCAUGUUGCCAGAUGGACAUGUCCAAGACGCUCCCAUUGCAUCCAAUGUCAAAAGGCCUGGGAUUCCCUCAGGAAGAAAUGAAGAUGCUGCAGAAUCAAAGACGGUAGCUAUGAUCAAACAUGGAUCCCCAAGCGCAGCAAGAAAUGUUGCUUCUCAUUCUAAAGACGUUUUUUCACUGACCUCCACCUCCUUUUUUCUGAAGCAAGAAAGUGACAGUUGGGAUCCCAAAGAUAACAGGAUAGUUCAGCAGACCAGAAAGAUGGCGGAAACGUUGUACCACAUGACUCAGUACUUGAGGAACAGAGGUCCAUUAUUGAGCAAAGAGGCGUUUGUCUCUGCAGCCAAAGAUGUGAUGUCAAACUGCCAAUCAGUGACCGACUUCAUUCAAGUCAUAGCCAAUCACUGCCUGGAUGAACAUUGUGCACAGGAAUUGUCCCUCAUAGUGGAGCAGAUUCUCACCAUCACAAACCAGCUCAGCAUCCUCUCCAGUGUCAAUGCUGUAACACCUGGCUGCAAAUCAUCUGACGAGAUCCUUGUCAAGAAUGCGCAGAACCUUCUCCACACAAUCCUGCGAGGGGUUCACGCAGCAGAAACAGCCUGCAUCACGGGUUUAAAGCAGCCUGACCCAAACUCAGCUGAAGCCGAGGCGAUGGCCUUGUGCUUCCAAUGGAAGAGGAACCUGGAGAUCCAUCGAGCCCAGGAGACCUCCAACCCACAAACUGACGAGCUGGGUUUGAGGAAGAUCUCAUCGCACUCUCUCGCACCGAGUCUGGUUUCUCCAGUGCAAGAUGGCCUCAAGUUAUCGCUUCAAGGGAAAGGAGCUCUUUUUGUCCCCAAAAACUACUGACUACAUUUGAUAAGUAAACAAUAUACUUACAGCUAGCAGAAUAGUUGCAGCAAGUUUGAUUGACACUGUCAUAGGCGAUAUUAAUUAAACUAUAUGGUUAUUAUUGUGGUUAUAGUUUUCAGUAGUGUAGUGGUUCACAUAGCUGACUUUAAUGCAGCUGGUGUGAGAUCAAUACCAACACUGAUAUGUUAUGUAGGAUUGUGGUUUAACAUUUAUUAUCUAUUGUGAUAUGUACAGUAUAUUUAAAAAAUGUUGAAAUGCACAGAAAUAUCCACGAACACACUUCAAAACAACAUACUACAUGUACUUUAAAAAAUGCAUUUAGAUGUAUAAGUCAUGAAAACAAAACGUCCAUCAUAAAGUACCUAUGGCUUAAGUAUCAGUUACUCACACAUCACUCUUGCAAUCGCUCAAAAUUAUUUUCAGGCAGAAAGUAUGAAAGUGAAAACAUGAGAAAAAAAAAUCAAUGCACGUGUUAUUCAUAUUCAUAGUGCUACUUACAAGCUAGAAAAUAUCCCCCCACGUCAUGUAGACCCUAUUCAAUAGAAGAAUCAAUAAUGUACACAUUUUAAAAUGAGACACUACAUGUAGUAAAAGGAUGUUCUCACAUUGUAAGCAGACAUUUUAAAAAAGCACAAUUAUUUUGCACAAUCAGAUGAAAUCGUGUUUCUCUGUCAUUUGGCAGAACAGGAAUUAAAACGACAAAUAUCCAAGGUAACAGAAGCAUCAGGACUUUGUAGUAAAGAAGUUGACAAAACAUGAAAGUAAAAAAUGUUAAAUCUACUCUACUUGAUAGAAAGGCUGAGUUAACCCCAUUUUAAAAUGCGGCUUAUUCCAAGUAGUUAGCCUUUUUUAAUGUUUAAAAUAAACAUGCUCACUCUCGAACCAUCUGUGUAACAUGAUCACUUUGAAAUCUUGUGUGAGCUUCUCAGUUCAUGUGAAUGUACACAAAUAGAUGUAUUUAUAUAGCUUAAUUAUGACUGACAUGUCUCAUCGAUACAAAAAUUCUACUGAGUUUACUGACAGAAAGGAGAAGCUGUGGGGUCAAAGGUCUUGAAGACGUCUUUGAGAGUCCGGUCUUCGACCUCCUCAUCCUCUUGAUUGUGUGUAAGUACUUCUUUCUCCUCCUUCUCUGCUACCUCCUCUUGUGCCCCCGCAGAGCCCAGUCCUGCUAAUUUGGCCUGCCUAGGGUCAGUAUAUUGGGGUCGGAUCAGCCCCGCCAGAGCCUGGACGGGCAGGUUAUGCACUGCAGGGGGUGUGACAGCCGAGUCCAAUGGAACCGGGGGUGGACUGGCAUGCGGGGACUGAUCAGAUGCUGAGUCUGUGUUUUUUGUCUCUUCCAAAGAGCUGCGGCGUUGACUUGAGGAAAUAGGUUGCAGUGAAGGAGUGUCAUUCUUAACUGGAUUUUUCAAAAUGCCUGCUUUCUUAGGAGGGUCUACCUGAUCCUUCUGGACAGGCUCUGUUUGACUACGGGGGUCGUACAGACUGAUGCCACCCAGAAUUGUAGUGGGGCUUUCCAGGACACCCCCAGAAGAAGCCAGUCGAGGUGCAUAAGGUGGCAGCCUCUCAGACAGGGAGGAGCCAGCACUGGCCUUCUGCAACCUGGGGUCCACAACACCUGCACCUGCCGAGGCCUCCUUCUGACCCAUCAGCUUGCUGUCCAGACUUCCUGUACGCUUGAGUCUGGGGUCUAGAUUCUUUUGUUGACGUGGAUCUACUGGUCUCUCUGUGGAAGGCCCAGAUGGCAGUCGACCUACACGCUCCUUCAAACGAGCGGCUGCCAGUCUGGGGUCGGUGGGCGGCGGGCUGGAGGCGGGCGGAUGCUCUGGCAGAUUUGUUCUGUUCAUCUGAGCAUCAGCGAUCAGCGGUGGCAGGGGUAGAUUGAUGGAGUGCUCCUGUUUGGGUAUCAAACAUGGGAUGAGGUCCUCAGGGGCCCACACCACAGUUUGCGCGUAGGCAGGGCGCUGAAGCAGAAUGUCCACCCGAAUGUGGCUGAACUGCUUCAGCUGGCACCGUGGGUCACGCAGCACCACUCCCGGACUGGCCUCCAAUGGUAUGAUGGCCGCUCUGUCCCUGAGUUCCCUCUCCCCUUCCUCGUCUUCGUCUCCAGUGGGCUGCUUUUGGGGAACAGGGUGGUUCUGCUGGCGGAAGGAGCUUGACUCCAUGGGUCUCAAUUUCCUAGGGUCCCUGGAGAGUCGUGGAUCCAAAGCGGCAUCACACUGAUUUUUCAUAUCGGGGGGUCGCUGCCGUGGGUCCGCUUUCACACGCGGGUCACUUGGCUGAGUUUUUUCCUUAACAAGCCGAGGGUCCCCCAAGGGUGCUGCAUGGGCAGAUGUUGUGGUCUUAGACUGCUGCAUCUCACUGUGCCUCUUUAGACAUUUUAGGAUGGAGGAGACACUGCUCCCGUCCUCGUCGUCACUCGAGUACCAGUUUGUUGUGUCGUCUGGAGGACAUAAACAAAUGAAAUCUCCAUACUUUUGGGAUAUCUGGACCCAAAGAGGACACUCACCUCUGUUCUUUUCUUCUUGACUCUCAGCUCGCUGUGGAUCAUUCACCUGUGGCUUUGAUUCUUGUUGUUGCUGUGUCAAGUGUAGAAUGAUGGCUUUCUGCACUGCUGGAGGCAAAGACUGCAGCUGAACAUCUGCACCUAUCUGCUGUUGGAGGUUCUGGAUCAUGGUCAUGCCAGGAUCUGCGACAACAUACAAAAAAGUUAAAGGGAGGACAUAUUAUUGAAGACCGACUUUUUAAUUACUUGUAUACGUGUGUUUGCAUCCCUACAGCCUGCCCAACCAUCAACUGUAAAAUUACACAAUCAAGUACCGUUUGCUGUCAGAAAAUAUCUUCUUCCAGCAAGCCAGUGAGACUUUGGGCUGACUGUGACAUAACAUAAGCCCUCCUGCAUCGAGUUUCCCCACCCAUGACUCGGAAGAACCCUGAGACAUGAUGUGCCUUCUUGUUAGACUGAACCACUUUCAUGUCAAAACCAAAAAGAAGAGCUGCAGUGCUGUUAGAUGUCACGUAACAUCACCUCCCAGCCACAGAAGACAUCAGUGGAUUCAUUCUCAUUUUCAAGGUGCGACCAUGCACUAAGCUGCUUUCACUCUCUGUACUGUCCCUCCCUCACUCGCUUCCUCGACCCUUGAAGUGCCAGCAAAUCUAACUGCUACAGCAGUAGAAGGAGUGGGCGCGCAGUGGCUCAUUUGCAUGAGACAAGACAGGCCUAAGAAUGUCUGCUCUGGAAAGGACUGUUCUAAUUUUUGAUCCAUGGGGUACUUCGACCGCAUUGACAUGUUAUUAAGACACCCAUGGACAGUUUGCAUCUGUGAAAAAAAUUACACAAUAUGCCUCCUUACAGUAAUCAUCCAAAUCCAUGACACAAACCUUGAUGGCCUGAGGGCUGGUUUUGGAGCAAGUUACUGAGCAGUUCUAGAGGGUUCUGACCCAACGAUGGAAAAGCCAAAAGGCUCUGCAGCAUUUGUAGAUCCGGUCCUGCGGGGAAAGGAGGGCUCUGCACGUUCAUCUGAGGGUUGAUGAUGUUUCCAUGAAAUACUGGCGGCUGCACUGGGUAUCCAUGGGGUGGUUGCUCUCCAGGAGGGUUCUGGGCACUCAUGGCUGGUCCUGCUGGGUACCCCGAGGGAGCAUCGGAUCCAGACGAAACCACAACACCACUUUGUGUUUCCUCUGAUACGCCAUUGCCUUCACUUGGAUCCUGGGAGUAGUUGGACUCACUGAAAAGACACAAUUACUUUAAGGUGGACUCGCAACACUUAUCUGCUAGGGAUUUUACUUACUUCAAACCGAUCUUGUGCGCCAAGUCAACUGUAGGUUGAACCUUGAUUUCAAAGAGGGAGGGGAUCUUCUUCCCUGCCUGACAAGAGGUUCCAUCUGGACUACUUUGACCAGGCGUGGGUAGCAAGCCCACACCUGGGGGAGGCUUGGGAAGUGGGGAAAUGCCUUGUUUUCUCAGGUCCUCCAGCUCCAACUCAUCCUCACGGGCGUUUUCGUCUUCAGUAUUAAUGAUCUGAUCAGAGUAUAUAUACCGUAUAUGAGAUGUGGUUUUGUUAGCCUGAGUAGACUACAUUUUGACUAUGUCUCACCUUAUCAAGCAACUCUUUUGUCACAUCUGUCAGAGCAUCAUGGGAAAAUUUACAGUUGUCGCCUUGAUAGCACUUGGCUCCAGUGUGGAAGAACUUGCAAGGAUAUUCACGUUCAGUCACAAAUUAAGGAGCCUAAAUGAACUGUUGAUUUUACAAGGUCAUGCAAAUGUGAUCAUCAUUUAAGGAUAUUGUGCAUGUAAAUGCAAUGGUCUCCUUUACUGCAGUAGCCCUGGAGGUAGAACUUGCAAAGUUCCUUCUUCUUAUCUGGUAUGACAAGCUCGUGCUCAAACUUGCACUGCUCCCCCUACAGGAAGAUAUUAUCAUGUAUGUAAGAAAAGGCAUGCAAAUAUACAAAAUGUGUAUAUACUGUAAAGCAAAUUCUAACCAUUCAUGCAUUAUUACCUCCACCAAGUUCAAAUGUGAUGACUUGGUUGUUCAUUAUUUAGCAUCGUUACAUAGAAACUACACAACAAAUUUCCAUGAAAUCUGCAGAGCAAAACCCUUUGAAUUUUGGUGAGGAUCCAUACAAUGACAAACCAAAUCUAGCUAUCGAGUGAAACAAUAAAUGAGACAAGUUAAGGACUGUUUGGUCUUGGUGAAGGUGUGCACUCUCAGUAGGUGAAAUCAAGGAGCACAUUGUAAAAUGCUUGCACUAAAGUUAAAUAACUGUAAUGGGUUCUUCCUUCAUGCAUGCACCUCCCCAUCACCGGGUUGGGUUGAAUUGAAACGUGUUAUUUAAAGGUAUUGUACCUUAAUGCAUCGACCCUCCAGGAAAUACUUGCAAAUGUAUCUUCCAUUGUGUUCCACUGUGUGCUGACUGAUAAACUCCUUGCUCAUAAUCAGACGCUUCUUCUGAAAACCAGAAUUUUUGACGUCCUGUCAAAUAAAAGGAAAGACGUUAUAGUGCCUCACAAUGCUUAUGUUUUUUUAAAUCAUUAUUGACGAACAUACUGGAGUCAUAUCUUCCAUGUCCUGGUCUCCUCCUCGGCCUCGUCCUC